AUGUCACUACCAAAGAGAAUCGUUAAGGAAACUGAGCGCUUGAUACAAGAGCCUGCACCCGGCAUUAGCGCCACACCUCAUGAAGAAAAUCUCCGUUAUUUUGAUGUCAUCAUUGCUGGACCGAGCCAGUCCCCUUUUGAAGGUGGCGUUUUCCAACUUGAGCUGUUUUUGCCCGAAGAAUAUCCAAUGGCACCACCCAAGGUCCGUUUCAUUACUAAAAUAUACCAUCCAAACAUUGAUAAACUUGGCAGAAUUUGUUUGGAUAUUUUGAAAGACAAGUGGUCGCCAGCUCUUCAAAUUCGUACGGUACUUCUCUCCAUACAGGCUCUUUUGUCGGCACCCAAUCCAGAUGACCCAUUAGCAAAUGAUGUUGCACAACAUUGGAAGGAGAAUGAAAAAGCGGCUAUUGCUACAGCUCGGGAAUGGACUCGUAGUUAUGCUCAAGGCUGA